AUGAGCGCAAGAACACGACGACAAAAGGCAGCCCUUGCUGCUCAGGGCGAUGAGAGUGAAGAGUCACCAAGUGGCAAUGGCACCGUUCCCACGCCAUCCAAGCGCACACCCUCGAAAAAGAGAGGUCGGUCGAGCGCGCGGGAAGAACGCCGGGAGAACGUGUUUCUUUUUGCCCCGAACCUCAUCGGAUAUCUCCGAGUCUUUCUUACCUUUGCCUCGCUCUACUACAUGCCCCUCCACCCGCGCACUUGCUCCAUUCUUUACACCGUGUCAUGUCUGCUGGACGCACUGGAUGGCUACGCCGCCCGGUACUUCAACCAGUCGACCACCUUUGGCGCGGUUCUGGAUAUGGUCACCGAUCGCUGCACGACGGCGUGUCUGCUGGUCUUCCUGAGUUCCGCCUGGCCCCGCUGGGCGAUUGUCUUCCAGGGUCUGAUCUGCUUGGACAUGGCGAGCCACUACAUGCACAUGUACGCGACGCUGAGCAUGGGCGGAUCUAGCCAGAGCCACAAGAAGGUCGAUUCCAGCCGGAGCUGGGUGCUUUACCAGUACUACCACAGCAAGGUCGUCCUGUUCAUCUGCUGCGCUCUCAACGAGGCCUUUUUCAUUGGGCUGUACCUGUUGUCUUUCUCUUCGCCGACUCUGUCGCCCUCUCUCCUGCAGCCCGUCGCUGAUGCCCAGCCAUCCUCUCCGCAGCCCGGAAACCCGGCCCACCCGGCGCCGACCAGUCUUUUUGCCAGCCCUUGGAGCGCGGGCGCCUUGGAGCUUGCGCGCGCCAACAAGAUCGACAGCUGGGUGCCGUGGAUGAUCACCGGCAUCUCGGCCCCCGUCAUGGCGUUCAAGCAAUUUGUCAACGUCGUCCAGCUGGUCAAUGCCAGCCGCUGGCUGGUGGAGGGCGACCUCGAGGCCAGGCGGGCCAGCCGCAAGAAGUAA